AUGAGCGAAAAUAGACAAGGUAUUGAUUUGUCUAAGCUCACAGCUGCACAGCUGAGGUUUGUGCUGGCUGAGAACAAAGUUAGUUUUCCAAGCAAGGCGAAAAAAGCUGAUCUGUUAAGGUUAUGCAAUAAAUUGAUUGAUGAGUCUGAUGCAGAAGAGGUUAGCCAGAGAAUUGGAGCAGCGAUUGCAAAGGAAAGAGUUGAUCAUGAGACUAAACUGAGACUAAGACAGAAGAAAAUGAAGGAAUCUGCCAAGGCAAAUUCAGAACCAGCUGAGAGUUUACCAGCUGAGAAGGUUUCUGUCCAGAAAUCGCCAAAUAAGAAGUCAGUUGCUGGUAAAAAGCACUCCAGAACAGAAUCUGAAGAUGAGGACAGCGACAAGAAUAAGAAAAAGAGAGCCAAAUCUACAGAUGAUAACAUCAAGAUCAAAAACAAUCAAUCAGCCGCUGUCAAUAGUACUUCAGCACUCGCAACUCCAGUUAAAGCAGCUGAAUCAAGUUCUCCAUCGAGAAACAAAUUGGAGAGUAAACCAGACAUUCCUGUUACUAGGGGGGCUAUGCAUGAUGAAAUCAAAAAAGAAUCAUCAGCUAAGAAAGGUAAAAAGAAACUGCAGGAGAUUGAAAAUUUAGUGACAUCUCAAACUCCCAAGAAGUUGUCUGAACAGGUUCAAAAGAUAUCUCAAAAAGCGGAAGAAGUUGUUGAAGAGAUCAAGGAAGACAUUAAGGAAGAAUUAUGUCCUACAAAAGAUGAGUUUGUAAAGCACAAGGAAGAAGAACCAAGCAAACUAUUUGCUGUACUUGAUGAAAUUAUGAUUUACUUGUUCAAAUUUCUGGUAAUUGUAUUGCCUAUUUUAUUCUUCUUAUGGUAUAGAGAACAAAAAAUUAGAGUGGGGUUCUGUGGCCAUGAAUUACCUGUGGCAAAGUUUGCACCAUAUGCAAACUCCAACAAAGUCUGGGCCUCUGUAGAUAAGACUUUGGAAAGAUUUUUACCAAAGUGUAAAUUAUGUCCAGAAGGUGCCAUUUGUAAGACUCAUCUUCAGAUGAGUUGUAAAGAUGGAUAUGUUUUGAGAAAGAGUUGGUGGAAUUUGGAAAGUUUACUCCCACUAGCUGAUAAAUGUAUAACUAAAAGAAAAGCCGCAAAUAAGAAAACUCCUCUAUUAUUUGCCCUAGAUUUGUUGAGAACUCAAAAUGCCAACACACAUUGUGGUAGCACAUUACCUGAUAACUACCAAGCCGGUAUGUUGGAAAAGGAUUUAUUCAAUAAUGUUUAUGAAGAGUAUAGAGAUAUGAUGACUAAGGAAUCUUUUGAAAAGGAAUGGGCUGUACUAUCAAAUUCAUUGAAAAGAUUGCCUGAGAUUUAUUAUAAGACAUUCGUUAGUAAAAAUGUUGCUGGUAACAUUGAGAAUAUACAGUUGUUUAGAUCUCUUUCAAAACAAAACGUAAGUUAUUUCUGUGGUAUAUUCAAACUCUUAAAAGAGUUUCCAAUUGAAAAAAAUGUUCUCUUCGUUGCUUUGACGAUCUUCUCUUGCACAGUAACUCUUGAGAUCAUUUUACAAAAACUUUGGAAAUGUCAGAAUAGAGAGAAUGCCUUUGUUGAAAAAUCUACGGAGAAAGCUCUAGAAAAGCUACGUGAAGCUAGUCGUGAUCCGGAGGUGAAAUUCCUUGACACAGUUCAGUUAAGAGAGUUUUUGUUAAGUGAAACAACAAAUCUGAAGAAGAAGAACCAGCUGUGGGACAAAAUAUCUUCCAAAUUGCUUGAAAAUGAAAAUGUUGAAAAAAGGCAAAUGGAAUUAUAUGGUGAAGUUCUUGGCAUUUGGGAGUGGAAUGACUAA